AUGGCAGGACACGAUGGCGAAGAGGCAAGGCAGGGCGGUCAGCAGGCUAUGCUGGCGAGCCAACGCGCAAAGGAGCAGGGAGAGGCACAGGGGAGGUUCUCCAAGUGGUUCCCUCUGUCUGCCAAAUCGGGCUUCGACCAGUGGUGGGCGGGACUAUCGCCUAUGGCAACCGAGCAUCGCGUUCUAUCCUACAUUCCACAUCUCCAGAGCCCGCCCACACAUACGCAAACAGGCUCCGCGCCUGCUUCGGCUGGUCCGUCCUCGGUAGACCUUCAAGCGCCGCCCAAGCAUCCCGAAGACCAGACGACCACCAAUGCCACCAACGACCCGUACGGACCGCGAAGAUGGAAUUCGCAAAUGGUUCAGCUAAGUGGCAGGGAUCGUGCACUGAACGAGUUCUCCGUGGAGCGACUGGGCGAAGAGGUGGAGAACAACUUGGUUAUGCUCCACGGGUACGGUGCUGGACUUGGCUUCUUCUAUCGCAAUUUCGAGUCAUUAUCGCGUGCCGAGGGCUGGAAAGUCUUUGCGCUGGACCUUCUAGGUAUGGGCCGGAGCAGCCGGCCAACCUUCAAGAUCCAUGCCAAAGACAAGGAGGGCAAGAUCUCAGAGACCGAGUCGUGGUUUGUGGAUGCUCUGGAGGAGUGGCGGAUAAAGAGGGGCUUGGACAAGUUCACAUUGCUAGGACAUAGCUUAGGAGGGUACCUGGCUGUUGCUUAUGCGCUCAAGUACCCGGGACAUCUUAACAAGCUGAUUCUUGCGUCUCCGGUUGGCAUUCCAGAAGACCCGUACGCAGUCGACGAGGAGAUGCCUGAUCCACAAGACUCGACCAUGGCGAAUGAGUUUACUCAAGAUGCUGCCGAGACGAACCAGAAUGGUGUACAGCCAUCGACAGCGGACAACAACAACUUCAUGAACCAGCGGACAAAGAAUGCCGACACCACAAAAGAGGCUAAGCAAGCACCAAAGAGGCGAUUGCCGUGGUGGCUGUAUUCUCUCUGGGAGGCCAACAUGGUCUCGCCCUUUACUUUUGUACGUUGGUCCGGGCCUCUCGGUCCUCGUCUGGUAUCAGGCUGGACCUCACGCCGCUUCUCGCAAUUACCAGAAGAGGAGGCACAGGCGCUGCACGACUACAGCUACGCUCUAUUCCGCCAACGGGGUAGUUCCGAGUAUGCGCUUUCCUAUCUGCUCGCCCCUGGCGCUUUCGCUCGCAGCCCAAUGAUCCGCAGAAUCCAGGCUGUUGGCAGGCAAUAUAUCCAACCACACGAAAGGCCUACCGCAGAUGGCGACGCCGCAGCUAGUUCUACUACGCAACGCGAGACUGGCUAUCCAGUCAUCUUCAUGUACGGAGAGAACGACUGGAUGGACGUGGCUGGUGGAUAUGCGGCUGAAGAGAAGAUGAAGCAAGAACGCGAGCGCCUACUAGCAAACGCAUCGGCUGAGGAGAAGAAGAACGACCAUGGGGUAGGCAAGGUGAUCAUCAUCAACAAGGCCGGUCACCAUGUAUACCUGGAUGGUUGGGAGCAGUUCAAUCGCGUAAUGUUGGAAGAGAUGAACGAAGUUAGACGCAGAGAGCAAGGGCGGGGUCAUGCAUAG